AUGUACGUUCCGUUUUUUGGGAGAAUAAGUCUAUUGGAUUGGCCCAUUAUCGUGGUUUCUUUCCUUUUAGCAUGGUCAGAAUAUAUCAUUUCAAAAAUAACUAAUUCAUUACCAACUAUUGUGAUUGGUACAUUCACCAUGGUUACUUCUUUAAUCUAUAAAUUCAUUUCACCCGUCAAUCUUAUGAGAAGACAAUUCAAUGAUUCUCAUGCUAAAAAUGAUAUGUUAGAUGAAAUUGAUGAAGAAGAAUAUGGUCCAAAAUAUCAAUAUAGUAUCAAUGCUACAAAUCAACCUCCAAUUCCUAAGGAGAAGUAUGAUUUAAUGAUUGGACUUUUAAAUGCUAAGAAUAUUCGAGAAAUGUGUCAAUUGUUUGGAUAUGAUGUUGAAAGUAGGAUUGUUCAAACUAAAGAUAAUUAUCUAUUAACCAUUCAAAGAAUCAUUAAACCGGGUUUAAUUGAACGUCAACCAAAUGGGAAAGUGAUUUAUUUACAUCAUGGAUUAUUAAUGAGUAGUGAGAUUUGGGUUACUAUGAUUGAUAAAUAUUCCAAUUUACCCUUUUUAUUAUAUGAAUUAGGUUAUGAUGUUUGGUUAGGGAAUAAUAGAGGUAAUAAAUAUAGUCAAAAACAUCUUUAUUAUAAAUUACAAAGUGAGAAGUUUUGGGAUUUCUCAUUGGAUGAAUUUGCUUUAUUUGAUAUUCCAAAUUCAAUUGAUUAUAUUUUAAAAGCAACUGAAUCAGAAAAAUUAACUUAUAUUGGGUUUAGUCAAGGUACAGCUCAAGCAUUUGCUAGUGUUUCAAUAAAUUCCGAUUUAAAUCAAAAAAUCGAUCAAUUAAUCGCUAUUUCGCCCGCUGCAACUCCAAAAGGACUUUAUUCUCAAUUUCUUGAUAUUUUAUUAAAAUCAUCACCUCAAAUCUUCUUUUUAUUAUUUUCUCGAAAAAUAUUAAUGCCUUCAAUUAUAUUCUGGCAAAAGAUCAUGUAUCCUCCAUUAUUUGAUAGUCUUAUAGAUGUAUCGAAUUAUAUCUUGUUUAAUUGGAAAGCAUUGAAUAUCCCCAAGAUUCAAAAAUUAAGUAGUUAUGCUCAUUUAUAUUCUACAACCUCCGUUAAAACGGUAGUUCAUUGGUUUCAAAUUAUUUCGUCCAAGAAUUUUCAAAUGUAUCAUGAUACUCAUCAUCAAAUUUCAGGAUUAACUCCCAUAAGUUAUCCAUUAAAGAAUAUCAAAGUUCCAAUUCAUUUGAUUUAUGGAGAUAUUGAUUCAUUGGUUGAUAUUGAAGUGAUGAAGAAUCAAUUACCUACUGGAACUACUUCAGCUGUGCCUGUGGCCAAUCAUGAACAUUUGGAUAAUUUAUGGGGUCAUGAUGUUUAUGAAAAGGUAUUUAAACAUGUAUUAGAGUAUCUUGGAGAAGAUUCAAGAGUGGUGUAUAAUCAGUAUAUUGCUGGGAGUCAAAAAUUAAUCGAAGAUAUCUUAGAUGAAGGUAUUGGUGAUGGUGAUGAAGAGGAAGUUAAAGAAGAAGAAGAAGUCCAUCAAUCGUAUCUUAAACUUUCGUUAGAGUCGAUUAAUAAUGAUGAUGAGUCAAGCAUAGACCAUAGUAAUAAAAAGGGAGCGGUUAGUGUUGCAACCGUUACAGGAUCUAAUGCUUUAAAUCCUACUAUAGUUCCUUCUCACAGACAACCAUCGAGUGGUGGGUCACUUUUAAUUUAGUUUCGUAUAUUCUUUCUUUAUCUCUAAUUAUUUAUUUAUUGUUCAGUUCGUCUCCUAUGUUGUGAUACAUCUAAUUUAAUCAACUUAAUAUACAUAUAUAUAAC